AUGAAGUUCUUCACUGUUUUGGCUGCCUUGAUGGCGACAGCCAUGGCUGCUCCGUCUAUCCAAGUCAGAGCACCUGGUGACUUCACUAUUGCCCAGCCGGGUACCGUCCAUGACAUGAAGGUCACCAAGGAGAACACCUUGAACGGAACUUACCACAGCGAUAACACCACUAUUCACUCUCGCGCUGUCAACGAAGCCAGGGCUACUGGCCUUCCCUUCCAAUUCGUCAACAACUUUGGUGGAAGCCAAGUCUAUGCCUACGUGGUGGGCAAGGACUCUUCCAACCGAGUCGUCUUCGUUCUCGCAGAUGGUACCUUGGUGUAUCCCAGCUCUGGCGGCUCUGGCGUUCCCAAGCCCAUUACCCAGAACAUCAAGAUUGCUCUCCCUUCCCGUGGUAACACGCUCAAGAUGACCCUGCCCAUGCCCCUCGACUCUGCCCGCAUCUACUUUUCCGAGGGCGAAUUGACCUUUGCUAUGGUCAAGACGGACAUUGGAGAUGGUCUUGUUCAACCCUCUGUCACCAACACGCAAGAUCCCAGCGCUGGUCUCAAUUGGGGCUUUGUCGAGCUGACUUACACUCCUCAGCGCGCCAUCUACGCCAACAUCAGCUACGUCGACUUUGUCGGCAUGAUUCUCAGCAUGUCCCUGACCACCACGGAUGGAACCCCUAAGCAGGUCACCAAGGGGCUCGACUCUGGCGCUGUCAGCUCUGUCUGCAACGGUCUUGCUGACCAAGGAAGAAGCGACGGUUACCCCUGGAGCAAGAUGUGCGUUGCCAACAAGUCUGGCCAGCCUCUUCGCGUUCUGUCCCCCAACGACUACACUGUCAUUGACGGCAACGGCUUCAAGAACUACUGGGAUAACUACGUCAACCAGGUCUGGACCAAGUACUCCUCUUCGCCUCUCACCAUCAACACCCAGGGAGCUGCCGGCAAGGUCAGCUGCAAAGUCACCAACAACGUUCUCAACUGUGCCGGCGACAACCGUGGCUACAACAAGCCCACUGCUGCCGACAUCUGGGGCUGCAACAGCGGUCCCUUUGGGAAGAAUGGUAACGAGAACGACGUCCAUCUCGCUGUGAUUGCUCGCCUGUGCGCUGCCUUUACUCGCUCUACUCUGCUCGCCAACGGUGGCAACGUCCAGCCUGCUCUCGCCAGCAGCAACUACUACAAGACCAACCCUACCAGCCACUACAGCCGCCUGGUUCACGUCCACGAGGUCGACAGCAAGGGCUACGCUUUUGCUUACGACGAUGUUAACCCCGACGGCAACGAGAACGCUUCUGGCGUUGUGUCGUCUGGCAACCCCGGCACGCUGACUGUCUAUGUCGGUGCGCCUCCCGCCUAA